AUGGCUGAAGUGAGCGAGAAGCCGAAUACCCAGGAUGACGGUGUCAGCAAGCAGGAAAAUCGAAACCCAGCUUCGUCGGCUUCGUCAACUUCCGAUAAGGAAAAGGUUGCUAAGAAGGGGAACUCGGAUGCCACAAAAAACUCAACCCCGGAGGACCUAGAUGCUCAACUUGCUCACCUGCCGGAGCACGAACGAGAGAUACUCAAGCAGCAGUUGUUCAUCCCAGAGGUCAAGGCUACCUACGGCACAUUAUUUCGAUAUGCAACCAGGAACGAUAUGAUAUUCCUCGCCAUUGUUUCUUUAGCUUCUAUUGCAGCCGGUGCUGCCCUACCACUAUUCACAGUCCUUUUUGGUUCCCUCGCUGGUACAUUUCGAGAUAUUGCACUCCAUAGAAUCACCUAUGAUGAGUUCAAUAGUAUAUUAACGAGAAAUUCCCUCUACUUCGUCUACCUUGGAAUCGCCCAAUUCGUUCUCCUCUAUGUAUCCACCGUGGGUUUCAUCUACGUGGGUGAACACAUCACUCAGAAGAUACGUGCAAAAUACCUCCAUGCCAUCCUACGCCAGAACAUCGGUUUCUUCGAUAAGCUUGGGGCGGGAGAAGUCACCACCCGCAUCACGGCAGACACGAAUCUUAUUCAAGAUGGAAUAUCAGAAAAGGUCGGCUUGACUCUGACUGCCCUAUCGACCUUCUUCAGCGCGUUCAUUAUCGGAUACGUCAGAUACUGGAAACUCGCACUGAUCUGCAGCUCGACUAUCGUUGCGAUGGUUCUGGUUAUGGGUGGUAUAUCUAGGUUCGUGGUCAAGUCUGGGAGGAUGACGUUGGUAAGCUAUGGUGAAGGAGGCACCGUCGCAGAGGAAGUGAUCAGCUCUAUCAGAAAUGCCACUGCCUUUGGAACUCAAGAGAAACUUGCAAGACAGUACGAAGUGCAUUUAAAGGAAGCGAGAAAAUGGGGUCGCAGGCUUCAAAUGAUGUUGGGCAUCAUGUUUGGCUCCAUGAUGGCUAUCAUGUACUCAAACUACGGUCUCGGAUUUUGGAUGGGGUCACGCUUCCUCGUCGGUGGUGAAACGGACCUGUCUGCCAUCAUCAACAUCCUCCUUGCGAUUGUUAUCGGAUCCUUUAGCAUUGGAAACGUUGCUCCCAAUACCCAGGCUUUUGCUUCUGCUAUUUCCGCCGGUGCUAAGAUUUUCAGCACCAUCGACCGUGUUUCCGCAAUUGACCCAGGUUCUGAUGAGGGAGAUACCAUUGAAAACGUGGAGGGAACUAUCGAGUUCCGUGGUAUUAAGCAUAUCUACCCAUCCCGCCCUGAGGUUGUUGUCAUGGAAGAUAUUAACCUGGUUGUCCCCAAGGGCAAAACUACUGCUCUUGUUGGCCCCUCGGGUUCCGGAAAGAGUACCGUUGUUGGGUUGUUGGAGCGAUUCUAUAACCCAGUUUCUGGUUCCGUUCUUCUGGAUGGCCGUGAUAUCAAGACUCUCAACCUCCGAUGGCUCCGUCAACAAAUUUCCCUUGUCAGCCAAGAACCUACGUUAUUCGGAACUACUAUUUUUGAAAACAUUCGAUUAGGGUUGAUUGGGUCCCCAAUGGAAAAUGAAUCCGAAGAGCAAAUCAAGGAACGGAUCGUCAGUGCAGCCAAGGAGGCCAAUGCUCAUGACUUCAUUAUGGGCCUGCCGGAUGGCUAUGCAACGGAUGUCGGUCAGCGUGGCUUCCUUUUAUCCGGUGGUCAGAAGCAGCGUAUUGCUAUUGCUCGUGCCAUUGUAAGCGAUCCUAAAAUAUUACUGCUUGAUGAAGCCACGUCUGCUCUUGAUACCAAGUCCGAGGGUGUAGUACAAGCCGCUCUGGAUGCUGCCUCCAGAGGAAGAACCACUAUUGUCAUCGCCCACCGUUUAUCCACUAUUAAAUCCGCUGAUAACAUUGUUGUGAUUGUCGGUGGCCGCAUCGCUGAACAGGGUACUCAUGAUGAGCUCGUUGAUAAGAAAGGCACAUACCUUCAACUCGUUGAGGCUCAAAGGAUCAACGAGGAGCGUGGAGAAGAAUCCGAGGAUGAGGCCGUGCUCGAGAAGGAGAAGGAAAUCUCGCGUCAGAUUUCCGUUCCUGCAAAGAGUGUUAACUCCGGAAAAUACGCUGAUGAAGAUGUUGAGGCCAAUCUCGGACGAAUAGAUACCAAGAAGUCCCUCUCGAGCGUCAUACUGUCCCAAAAACGUGGUCAAGAGAAAGAAACAGAAUACUCGCUUGGCACUUUGAUACGAUUCAUCGCUGGAUUCAACAAGCCAGAGAGAUUGAUAAUGCUCUGUGGAUUCUUCUUUGCCAUUCUUUCUGGUGCUGGCCAGCCCGUUCAAUCCGUCUUCUUCGCCAAGGGUAUUACAACACUUUCUCUCCCGCCAUCAUUAUAUGGCAAAUUGCGCGAAGAUGCCAAUUUUUGGUCCCUGAUGUUUUUGAUGUUGGGUCUUGUCCAACUGAUUACGCAGUCCGCCCAGGGCGUUAUCUUCGCUCUUUGCUCUGAGAGUUUGAUUUAUCGAGCACGCAGCAAAUCCUUCCGUGCAAUGCUUCGACAAGAUAUUGCCUUCUUUGAUCUCCCUGAGAACAGCACUGGCGCAUUAACCUCAUUCCUCUCAACCGAAACCAAGCAUCUUUCUGGUGUGAGCGGCGCCACUCUCGGAACCAUCCUGAUGGUUAGCACUACUCUCAUCGUGGCACUGACUGUUGCUCUCGCCUUUGGAUGGAAACUUGCCCUUGUCUGCAUUUCCACUGUGCCUGUCCUUCUUCUCUGCGGAUUCUAUCGAUUUUGGAUUCUCGCACAAUUCCAGAGAAGAGCAAAGAAGGCAUAUGAGUCUUCUGCAAGCUACGCGUGUGAAGCCACUUCCUCUAUCCGCACUGUUGCUUCUCUUACUAGAGAAAAAGGUGUAAUGGAGAUUUACGAAGGCCAACUUAACGAUCAGGCAAAGAAGAGUUUGAGAUCUGUUGCCAAAUCCUCGCUUCUAUAUGCUGCUUCGCAGUCUUUCUCGUUCUUCUGUCUCGCUCUUGGCUUCUGGUAUGGUGGUGGCCUGCUUGGAAAGGGAGAAUAUAACUCAUUCCAAUUUUUCUUGUGUAUCUCCUGCGUCAUCUUCGGCUCUCAGUCUGCUGGAAUUGUGUUUUCCUUCUCACCUGAUAUGGGCAAGGCAAAGAGUGCAGCCGCUGAUUUCAAGAAGCUGUUUGACCGCGUGCCAACGAUUGACAUCGAGUCGCCUGAUGGCGAAAAGCUUGAAACCGUUGAAGGCACUAUUGAGUUCCGCGAUGUGCAUUUCAGGUACCCCACACGCCCAGAACAGCCUGUGCUUCGUGGCCUCAACCUCACUGUCAAGCCUGGCCAGUAUGUCGCAUUGGUUGGGCCUAGUGGGUGUGGCAAAAGUACUACCAUUGCUCUUGUAGAAAGGUUCUACGACACAUUAUCUGGCGGUGUAUAUAUUGAUGGAAAGGACAUUUCAAGGCUUAACGUUAACUCUUAUCGAAGUCACCUUGCACUCGUUAGCCAGGAGCCAACUCUCUACCAAGGAACUAUCCGGGAUAACGUUCUCCUCGGAGUCGACAGAGAUGAUGUCCCUGAUGAGCAAGUCUUUGCCGCAUGCAAGGCUGCCAACAUAUAUGACUUCAUCAUGUCCCUGCCCGAUGGCUUUGCUACUAUUGUCGGGAGCAAGGGAAGUAUGCUGUCUGGUGGGCAGAAGCAACGUAUUGCGAUCGCCCGUGCUUUAAUACGAGACCCAAAGGUUCUCCUCCUUGACGAGGCUACAUCUGCACUUGACUCUGAAUCCGAAAAGGUGGUUCAAGCCGCCCUUGAUGCCGCUGCGAAGGGUCGAACGACCAUUGCUGUUGCUCACCGACUCAGUACUAUUCAAAAGGCAGACGUUAUAUACGUCUUCGAUCAGGGCCGCAUUGUUGAAAGUGGCACUCAUCACGAACUCCUCCAAAAUAAGGGCCGAUACUAUGAGUUGGUUCAUAUGCAAAGCCUUGAGAAAACUCACUAA